UUGUUUACAAACAGUAGCUCCUUUCAGUCGGCUUCUAAGUUAGCGAGCGUUGUGGAGCUAAAUUUGAAUUUUACGUUAUUUGUCGGACUUUUUUACCCCGAGUAUGGCCGCCACCAAAGAGCUUUCUGAACCAACACUAUAAUGCCAACUUUACAAAAAUGACAUUACGGUUAUUUUUAUUUAUUCGCCGCACAACUCCGCUAGAGUCAGUUCGCUAACAGUUAGCUAGCUCAACAGAUGUGUCUGCAGCAUGGCUGUGUGAUUCAUCUCAACAGGUGUUAGCUACAGGGGGGCACUUCUUAUCUCUAGAGGUAACAGUCCCAAAGAGUUGUACGCAUGUGUUGUUUCUUUUUGAGGCUAUAUUAGCUGUUAUCGCUGUUCAACUAGCCAGCUGUUACCGUCAGUUAAGUUAGCUAGCUAACUGUAGAAGUUAGUCUCACUCGGUUGAGUGUCAUGCUCCUUGGCCGCGUGAGCCCGAUCAUAAGGACCUGUUCAGAAAGAAUUGGCUCACAGAGAGUUUUUGUCGUCUGUAAAACAUCAGCACGAAGGCUUCAUCCCAUAUCUACCAGAUAUAACGUCAGUGCACUAAAGCCAUCUGCACACCGGUUCUCACUUAAGGCACACCACAGUCUGUACCCGCUAACAGUGUGUGACAUGCAGGCAGCAAAUAUGUCGUAUGGCAAAGAGACCACUGCGGUUGCCUUAGAUGAUGAUGGUGAUGAUGACGAUGAGGGUGGUUUUGAAGCUGUGGUUCAACAACACGGUCGGACAGAAAACGAGGAGUUGCGGAAGGCGACGGUGAUCCCAGGUCAUGUGCAUGCUGUCAGCAUGCAGGUCCAGCUAGACGAGACUGCUGGAGCCUCCACAGUGUCCGCAGCUCCAGCAGAUUUAACGGAGAAGAACACAAAGACAAAGAGGAGGAGGAGGGAGAAUAAGAAACUGAUAAAGAGAAAGCUCAAGUCAACGGAUGCUUCGGACAACUUGAUGUCAGAGCUUCCGUUUUGUCUGACCAGCCCCACCACGUGGAAGGAGCUGGGAUUCACCAGCUCCGAGUCAACUGAGAAGAAGAGAAAGAGGAAGAGAGGAGACAGCGGAGGGCGAGUGGAUAGUGAAGAGGAUGCAGAGAAGAAGAAAAAGAAGGAGUGUCAGCGACCCAACUACUUUGUCUCCAUCCCCAUCACUAACACACAGAUCAGUUCAGCUGUGAUCGAGGUCCAAGAACUGAUUCUUCAGCAGGAGCCUCGAUUAGCCAAAGCCAUGAUUCCAGUCCCAACUCUCCACAUCACGCUUUUAGUCACUCACCUCGCCAAUCAGGAGCAAGUCGACCUGGCGGCGACCGUGCUAGCGCAGGUAAAGCCGUCAUUGGCUGAGCUGCUGGGUGGGCGUGAUCUGGUGCUGCCGUUCUCAGGGAUCGGUCAUUUCAGGAAGGAGGUGGUGUUUGUUGGGCUGGCCCCCGGACAGCACAGACACACACUGGACAGUGUGGCAGAGUUGUUGCGGAGCCAUUUUGUGGAGCAGGGUCUUCUGCAAGGAGACAGCCGUGGGUUUGAACCCCACCUCACCAUUAUGAAGCUGUCCAGAGCAUCAAAACUGCGAUCUCAGGGUAUAAAGCGUGUGGACCCAGCUCUCUACUCCAACUACACUAACAAGUUUUUUGGAGACCAGACGGUUGAGCGGCUGGAUCUUUGUUCCAUGUUGAAAAAGAAGCAACAAGACGGAUAUUACCACACUGAGACGUCACUACAAAUUGAUUUGGUUCAGAACCCACUCCAUGCCAAACGCUCAAGUGGGCGUCGUCGGUCCGAGCCCGACGAGGCGGAGCUGCUGAGGGUCAGCAGGCGAUUGGUCGAGGAUGCUGUCAAUCGCGCAUUGCAGCAAUACAAACAGGAAACACUUCAAAAUGGGGGCGGGCCUAACGCCACGGCCGUGCAGCCCCCUGGAAACACUGAGGAAAGUGCAACAAAGACGGACACUACAGCCAACUCCACUAAAGACAGCAGGAAGUGACAUCAUCGGACUGAGGCACAGAGACUGAAAAAACAGCCGCCCAGACAACAUCAGCCAGGCCUGGCUAACCAGGAGAAGAGUCAGUAAGCCCUGGGCACAAAGCCUGAACCAGCCAACCAGUCAGCCUAGUUUGCUGACGAGCUAACCCAGCUAGCCAACCGAGAUGGCUAGCCUGUGAUGCUAGCUCCCUGCCCAACUGACCUAGCUUGACACAGUGCUAGUUAAAUAGAUAAUGUAGCUUGAGUUCAGUGCUAAGUGACCGUCCCAACAGGCCAGCUAGCUAAGCCUGUCAGUUAACUCACUAACUCUGAUGUCCUACGUCUAACAGCAAGGAUUGUCACUCAGCUGUGGGCCUGUCUCUGCACAUUAACCCAGAAAAGUUAUGUGAAGCACUCCUCUAGAGACACAUUUAGCACAUUUAUGGAUCACUUUGAGCUGUCUCCCAAAAACUGCCCUUUUUAGAAUAAGAUAAAUCAUGUUUUGUAGACAAUUUGGUUCACUGUCACCUGCACAUAAACUGGGACUUGAUAUCCUAAAUUUCCUUCUUUUCUCCUCAACUUCAGUGUUUCAGAUGAAGAAAAAAAAACAUUUUUUUUAGCAUACAUUUCUCAAAAGAUCACUCAUCUGCUCAUUGUUGUGGCUGGAAAGGACACAUGAAGAGAAAUGUUUUGACUGACGCAGUCUGAGCUGUGACCGGUUCUUUGGACUUAAGCUUAAAAUGUUGAACUUGGACUGGUGAAGUUUUUUGUUGAAGUAUUUUGCAGCGAGUCUCGGCUCAAAGCAGCUUUGUAUUGAUUUCAGGAAAAAGGAUCGUCUUGAAACUUACAUUUAAUUUUACUUUUUACUCAAGCUACCAAACUGCAUUUUUAUCUUUAUUCCGAGCUGUUUGUAGAAAGUGAUCUGGCCCCAGCUGUGCUUCAAGUAUCGUAUUUGUCCACCGUGUAAACCGUGUGUGUCCUCUCCAGGCAGCACUGAGACAAUCAUCAGUUUGAGCUCAAUUCAGUUAUAAGCUCUGAAUUCUUAUUUUCAAACAGACACAAACUGACAGCAGCUUUUACAAACCUAAUCUGGACUCCUCUGUUGGGUUCACAAACACUAUGGGAGCAAACAAACUGGUGUCUCGCUAUCACAAUAAUUUAUGUCCACCAAGUUUACAAAACAUAUCAGGUUAAUUUGAGAUACUUAACUGAGGAUGAUAAAACUAAUCAUGGUGGGUCGACUGCCACAUAUGACCGUUCCCACAACUACAUGAAAACUGUGACGUAUGACUUUCUCGAGUACCAGCAACAGGUGAACUGGGGCCGCACCUUCGUCAUCAUGUGGUUAAAAGUGCAAUAUGUUUGAAGAUUACUUUGAAAGACUGUGAAGAAACAACCGUUCUCAUUUUGGCAAAGACAUCUAGCACCGACACUCCCCUGAUUGUGCGGCUGGCUUCACGGCUAACUGCACCAACAAGCUAACGGUUGCUUAAGUCAUGGAUGUAAUUAAAAACAUACAGUUAGCAGGUACUCUGGUGAAACGCUGCCCCCAUUUGUUGGGAUGAAUUCACGGUGGUCAACUCCUCAAUAUUGCACUUCUAACGCUGAGACAGAAUGAAGGUCCUGUGCUGGUUUGGCCCGUCCACAUCUUCCUCCUUUUGAAGACUGUGGCUCGUACAGUUCAUCCCCUGAGUUCCUCUUUUGCUCCGCUCAUUAUAACUAUGGCCACUAGAGGUCGCCACCAAACAGUAAACAUAGAAUAAAGCUGUUUGUUUGGUGACGACAGGCUGAAAAAUUAAAUCACACUCCUAAAAUACACUACAAGUUGCCAAGAAUGCAUUUUAACUCCAUUAACGCCAAAAUCUUGAUUAAUGACUAGUGUUUGGCUCAGUAAAAAUACAUGUAAUACAAUAUUUAUAUGAUAGGCUUUUUUUUUUUUUUAUAGACACAGGCAUUUACUCGCACCUCCUCCGGCCUGAUCAUAUAUAUAUGUCUUUUUUUAUGCUCAUACCACCUACUACACACAUGAUAUAUUUAGUGUUUUUCCUUUAAAUCCAUCCAUGAAGUGUUUGGGUUAAAGUCUAUAAAUCAGGCUGUAGCCUGGCUAUUUGAAGCUCAGUGUUUAUUGGGUGUAUUUAUGCUGAUUGAAGCAGCUUUUACUCUGGAUCCCUACACAUGUAAGAGCAAGUUCCUCAGAUACCGACGAGGGGGAGGUUAACUCAGACAAUCGUUGCUGUCAGCUGAAAACCCCCCCGGCUCUUAAUUUCUGUGUCUUCCAUCCAUUAAUUUCUUUUCUUCCUUUUUUCUGUUAAACUUGAAAAUGAAUUUGGCCUUUUCCAUGUGCUGCAUUUGACUCCAGCACUCAUGUGAAAUUGGGGGAGGUUGUCUGAAUUUAAAUUCUUGACUUUCUGGAGAUGAGGUUUUCCACUGACAGCAAGAAGAUGAUGAUGAUGAUGAUGAUGAUGAUGAUGAUGAUGAUGAUGAUGAUGAUACAGCUAUGAUGAAGGCAAACUGUUAUUUUAUCCUUUUUAACUAUUAUUUAUGAUGCUUUGCUGUUGCAGCAGAACAGCUUCUCUGUUUAAAGAAAUGAGUUUCAUGUGAGAAAAAUGAAGACAUUUUAUUUUGAAGUGAGAUAAGGAGUUUCAGUUUGUAUUCAAAGGUGACAAAAGCACAAAAAUCUGAUUUUCUUUUAUUUUCUAACCCUUUUAGUUUCUCUUUUAAAAAAGCAGGUAACUAUAUACAUGCUGUUAAAUCAAAUCACCUCCUUUUCAAAGUGGCCUUAAGUCACUAAAACAAAUUGAUGUGUGUUUAUGUUUUUCUGUGUGCUUAAGGUGACAAUAGGUAACUUUUUUUUUUUUUUUUUAAGCCAACUUGGAUGAUGAACACUCACCUGCCAAAGUCUUAAAUGUCAACCUUCAGACUGAAGAGUCCAGCGUUAAACACAGUCUGCGUUAUUUCUGUUUUACGGUAAAUCUGUGUGUGUGAAUGCAGAAACUGAGACUCGGAUGAUUUUAACUUCCCUCCAGUGAGAACAGGCGCGAGCUGUAAACUGUGCUCUCAUUCCUGUGAAAUCCACUUAAGUCCUGUCACUGUGGGCUUUUUGAAACGUCAGUUACAAAGGUGAAUUCUGUCUUAAGGUGGACUCUGAAGGGGUUUUGUUUUUUUUGUUUUGAUCUUUUAUUGUCACCGGAUCCUUAAAUCUCCUGAAAACCCCCUUUAAUACACAAGUUGUCCUGGUGGCCUGUGUGGUUACUCUGUUCAUCUGUGUGUGUGUGUGUGUGUGUGUGUGUGUGGGUGUGUGUGUGUGUGUGUGUGUGUGUGUGUGCGCGAGUGUGAGACUGUAGGAUGUUUGAUCAGUGGUUCCCCAGAGAAAUUUCUUGUCUCUAUCAAUCACGGCAACUCGGAGCUGUGUGUGUGUGUGUGUGUGUGUGUGUGUGUGUGUGUGUGUGUGUGUGUGUGUGAACAUCUCUACAAAUUUGUCUUCUGUGUUUGUCCUUGUGUACGUCUGAAUGCGCGGAUGUGCUGUAUGUACUGUGUUGUGUAUAUAUUGUCCUGCCAUAUUUGAACAAUAAAACAGGAUAUGAGAUUCAAAACCAA